AUGGAGCAUGAGGACAAAUAUAUUUUUAACGGAAUUUCAUUCCCGACACCGCUGUCAGAUAUUACCAAGUUUGAAAAAAAUAAUCAGAACGUUUCUGUAAAUGUUUACGGACUUGAAAAACGAUUACAGCCACCGAAAAAGUAUCCUUCAUAUGAGGUUUUCCCACUCAAAGUCGUAGAUGAUGAAAAACGGGAUCACUUUGACUUAUUAUUAGUGACGGAUGGUGAUAAUACACAUUAUACUUACAUCUCAAUUUUUUCGAGAUUACUCCGUUCACAAAAAACUAGUCAUGCAGGUCAAGUUAUAUUCUGUAAACGUUGCUUUACAUCGUUCGACAGACAGAACUUAAAACAUAAACUAAGCGGACAGGCAGCUCUAGAACACCACAGAUUAAUAUGCGGUCCGCAUAAACCCAUACUACCGAAAAUGCCUGAAGAGGGGGCAGUUCUUGAAUUUAAAGCAUGGCAAAACGCACAAAGACAACCUAUUGUUAUAUAUGCCGAUUUCGAGGCUCUACUUGUAAAGACUAAUGAGGAAAAGGGGGGUAAUACAACAACCAUACAAAAACACCGUCCGAUGAGUUACGGAUUUAUAGUUAAGGCGGCUGAAAACGUACCAUCAGAGCUGCUAAAACAAUUCAAUAUACCAACCGAACCCGUAAUUUACCAUGGUAGUGAGGACAAGCAAGACGUCGCAAAACAUUUCAUGGAGAGUGUUGUUGAUGUGUGUGAAAAAAUUGAAAUAUUGUUAGCGACGAACGUACCCUUGAUUAUGACUGAUGAAGAUACGACUAGACACGCAUCUUGUUUUAAAUGCAAUUUAUGCAAAUGCGAUGUUAAUAACUACACCCGUAUUCGAGAUCAUGACCACCUGACCGGGAAGUUUAGACAGACUUUAUGA